AUGGCGUAUCUCGUUUCUCUCUACAAAAUCUCCAUUCUUGUUUCAGUUUCAUUAGUUUCAGUUCAUACUCAGAUUUCGCUCUCCAACAUGAACUCUUCUCCGCCUCCUGCUUCGGGCCCAUCCUCUUCCGCCGUACAAGACUCGAGUUACUUGGAUUUCUGUAACAGCCUUCGUCCUAUUGAAACUCUUCUGUUAGAGCCGGAAUCGAACGGAAACCAGUCUCGUGAGGGUGAAGAUAUGGAAACGGAAUCCAGUUUCGUUGAAAGGGGUAGAAUCGGAAUUCCAAAUGUUGACUGCGAAAACAACACUCAUUCGAGUGAUCCUCACAAAGAGGACCGCAUAGAGAAAAUGCCAUCGUUGGAAGAUUGUGAAGAAAUUUCCGAUAAAAAUGAGGCAUGCAACAAAGUGAAAGGUGAAAAAACUGUAGAAGCACUUCUGUUGGAAGGUAAUAAAACUGUAGAAGCACUUCUAUCGGACAAAACAGUGUCUACAGAGGAGGUAAAGUUGGAGUUAACUGAAGUUAUUCACCCAUCUCACAAAAGCUCUGAGUGUCUCGAGAAUGCUGCUGGUGUUGAAUACCAAAUCUCGGAUAUUUCGAAACUAAACCCGGAGGAGAAUUUGCGGGCUGCAAGUUCUGAAAAAUUAUCUGGGGAAUUUGAUAAGAUGUCUCCGUUUGAGAGGGGAGACAUGAUUGAGUUGAUCAAUAAGGUCAAACCAACUGGAAGAAAGAGGAAGAAAUCAGAACACAUGGGCGAAAAUAAAAACGAGAAACGUUGCAAUUGCAAGAAAUCGGGGUGCCUAAAACUUUAUUGUGAGUGCUUUUCAGCUGGUGUUUAUUGUGGAAAUUCUUGUGGCUGUAAAGAUUGCAUCAACAAAAUUGAAUAUGAGGAUAAAGUUAAGUCUGUAAGUCGCCAAAUUCAAUCAAAAAAUGCCUUUGCUUUUGCUCCAAAGGUCACGAGGCAAUCACUUGAUUUUCCAACAAGAGUUAUGGUGGAAGAGAAUUGUACAACUUCAUCUUUACAUAGACAUAAAAAAGGAUGCAAAUGCAAGAAGUCAAUGUGUCAUAAAAGAUAUUGCGAAUGCUUUCAGGCCGAAGUUGGUUGUACAUCAGCAUGUCUUUGUGAAAAUUGUCGCAACACUUUCGGCACAAGAACAGAUUUAGAUCAAAACACUGGUGAUGAAAGGACAGAUGCUGCUGCUGAAGCUGAAGCUCAAGAUUACACACAACUCGCCAACAAUUUCUCAUCAACCUAUGCAAGCAAUUUUAGUGGAGCAGCUCCAACUUCAAAUUUAACCAAUAAUCCAAAUGGGUGUCCUGAAUCUCCCUUUGGCAGUUUUUCAUCCACUGUUUCUGAUCCUCUUAGUUGGAGGAGCCCCCAGUCCUCUGUUGAGAUUGCCAAUAAUAUGGACUGUUCUUAUGGCCCAACUUCUUCUUCUAAUACCCUUCUCUUUGAGAUGAUGGCACGUAAUAAUGGGAAUGGAUGUCAUGAUCAAGCUCUUCCCAUGGCUCCUUUUUCAGCUUCUAAUAUUGGAUCCCUGAGAUUUGCCUCUUUUGCUGCUGCCAGAUUGAUGGUCCCACCUAUGAAUCAGCUCUUCGGGUCGAUGUCAUAUGUUCGACAAGGAUUGAACGUGAAUCCACAAUCGAAUUUAAGAGGUAGUCAACAAUUUGUCCGACAGAUCAUUCCUACCUUCGCUUCACAUUUUACUCGCAUGAAUUAUAAUAACGGUUCAUCUCACAAUGGAAGUGAUCAUAACAAUUUUAACAGUGGUCAGUAG